AUGGCGGGUUCCAAGGGUAAGGAGGCAUUUCGUAGGCCUCUGCGCCAACUCAAAACUCCGCCAGGAAAAGGACCAGCUCUGCUGAGCCUUUUCCCCCUUGAGCCCCGCUCGUCAAUCAUGGUUGUGGCAUCGAUCCCUGACUCAGUGCCAAAGUUUGGCAGAUGCUGGGUUAGGAGAAGUUAUCGGUGUUGCUUCCCUCUCCUGUGCUGGCGCUCUCUCUCUCAGACCACGUCUAUCCAGCACAGUGAUCCUCGCUUCUAG